AUGAGUGAGGGUGGCGCGGCGAUUGGAGCAGAUACGGCAAAUACAGUGAAGGAAAAAUUAUCUGGGUCGUGGAAUGUGACCAAGAAAAUGCUGAAUAAUAUUGCUGCCACAAUAAGUGGUCCUUUGAAAAGUACAGCUGCAUUUCGAGGUUCAAUCACAUCAACUACCGGCCAAACGUAUUCAGCCGAGCAUACGUCGUCUGUAUCACAUAGCAANCGAGACGGAUCUCAAGAAAAGGUGAAGCUGGUGAAGAUACACAGCAGUCAGGCAGCAUGUGGUCGAGACUUGUUCGAAGAGCCCUAUUAUCACGGUUUCAUGACCGGCUUCGAGGCAGAUGAUCUGCUCGGCAAUGUCGACGGUACUUUUCUGGUGCAUAAGGCCAUGGUGAAAAAUAAAACGGUUAGUUACAGACAGAACCCUUUAUUGUUGAGCACUUAUUUCUGGCUGUUUGAUUAUUAUCUACAGCUUUGA